AUGUGGGGCGCCAGGGCCCAGCAAUCAGGUCCGGACAGGGAUGGAGCCUGCCUGCUGGCUGCUCUCUUACUCUGUUUCAGCCUCUUACAUGCUCAGGACUACACGCCCUCGCAAACACCUCCACCCACGUCCAACACCUCGCCCAAAUCAACAGGCCCAAUCCACAAGGAAUUAUGUGGCAAAACCAAAUUCCAAGGGAAGAUCUAUGGUGGACAGAUUGCAAAGGAUGAACGGUGGCCGUGGCAGGCCAGUCUGAUCUUUCGAGGCAGACACGUCUGUGGAGCGGUCCUCAUCGACAAAAACUGGGUAGCCAGCGCUGCCAACUGCUUCCAAAGGUCUCUCAAACCAUCUGACUACCGGAUCCUGCUGGGGUACAACAAGCUGAGUAAACCCUCCGACUACAGCCGGCAGAUGACAGUGAAUAAGAUCUUCAUGCCGGACGCCUAUGACGAGAUGAACAGUAUGCAGAAAAACAUUGUCCUGAUCCAGCUGCACCUCCCUGUGAUCUACAGCUCCCACAUUUUCCCAGCCUGUGUCCCCGACAACACCACCAAGGUGUCCCUUGAGAGUCCCUGCUGGAUAAGUGGCUGGGGAAUGCUCUCAGAGGAGAAGUUCCUGCAAGAGCCUUUCCCUCUGCUCGAUGCAGAGGUCUUCCUUAUGGAAGAUCAGGAAUGCGAGAUCUUUUUCCAGACACCAGAAAUCAGCAUCAUUGAAUAUGAAGUUAUAAAAGAUGAUAUGAUAUGUGCUGGGGACAUCACCAAUGAGAAAUCCUUCUGCCGCGGAGACUCCGGGGGUCCCCUUGUCUGCUUACUGGACGGCUAUUGGUACGUGGUGGGGCUGGCCAGCUGGAGUGGAGCGUGUCUGGAGCCGAUUCUCAGUCCUAACAUCUUCACCAAGGUCUCCUACUAUGCUGACUGGAUCAAGAGGACAAAGAAAGAAACGCCUGACGUGGACCCCUCCUUAGCACCCCUUGAGGAAAUGGCCUCAUCCCUGACAGGCUGGAGGAAUUACAGUGCGGGCACUAGCCUGGAACCCAGGAUCUGCACAACCCUGCUAUCUUCUCAGGCGCUCCUCCUGCAAUCCAUUUGGCUCAAGAUUCUGUGAUUAGCCCGUAGAGCCUUGCCAGCCGUCAUGUCUGCUGGCCUAUUCGCCAAGAGCCGCUUUGCAUGCUUCCAUCUGUGGACUCGCCUGUCCCAUCCGAGGGCACGCCAGUUCCAGGC